GACAAUUGUGAACCUGCGGAAGAUGGUUAAGGUUUUCCCCCUUAACAUUAAUAACCUCAUUGUUAUUUCUCUCUUGUUACUCGUUUGUGCAAAGACAAGUGUAGCAUAUAGUGUGGUGGCUUUCGGGGCGAGGCCCGAUGGCCGAACCGACUCAACCCAAGCCUUCCACAAGGCAUGGGCAUGGGCUUGUGGAUCGGUGAAACCCGCCACACUCGACGUACCUCAAGGGAGAUUUGUGGUCCAGCCCAUGUCCUUUACCGGUCCAUGUAAGAAUCGGGUCACAUUAAGGAUAAAGGGUACAAUUAUCGGCCCAUCAGAUUAUCGUGUAUUGGCCCGGUCAAAUGUGUGGCUCCAAUUUUACAAUAUUAAUGGGCUUAUUAUUGAUGGGGGUACAACCGGUACCAUUGAUGCUAGGGGUCAACCAUUUUGGUCAUGUAGGCGUCAUUACGGAUAUUGUUACAAUGGAGCUCAGUCCAUAUCCUUUGUAUCAUGCAACGGCGUAGUAGUGCGCGGGCUAAAGUCAAUGAAUAGCCAGAAGAGUCACAUGAGCAUAAAGAACUGCAACAAUGUAGCUCUCAAUUACUUAACGCUCAGAGCCCCAAGCGGUAGCCCUAACACCGAUGGCAUCAACAUUCAACAUUCUAAUCGUAUUCUCAUUUACGGUUCCGUUAUUAAAACCGGUGAUGAUUGUAUUGCUCUAGGACCUGGAACCAAAAACAUGGUCAUUAACAAAAUUGCUUGUGGCCCUGGACAUGGUAUUAGUAUUGGUAGCAUGGGCAACAGCCUACGAGAAGAUGGAGUACACAAUAUAGUAGUUGCAAAUGUAGUAUUCACCGGGACAAUAUAUGGCGUUAGAAUCAAAUCAUGGGCUAGACCUAGCAACAGCUUUGUCCGCAACAUUAUAUUCCGCAAUCUCGUCAUGCGCAAUGUCUAUUAUCCUAUCAUCAUUGACCAAAAAUAUUGUCCUAAUAACCAAUGUCCUCACCAGAAUUCAGGAGUGAAGGUGAGUAAUGUGAGUUUCAUAAACAUAAAAGGUACAUCAAGACGUAAAGAAGCCAUAACAUUAACUUGUAGUCCAAGUAAUCCCUGCAAAGGGAUCAAACUGCAAGACAUCAACUUAACUUUUGGGAGUAAACCAGCGGUGUCUACAUGCAGCUACGCUAGAGGAAUUAGUCGAGGCAAAGUUAUCCCUCCAAGUUGCUUUUAGAUCUCAUUCGGUGUAUUUUACCCUCUCUCACAUUGUUCUCAACGCAUACGUGCUUAGAUCGAUCAUGUACGUGUUGAGCACACGAUCGAGUGACGAAAUGAUACUUGGAGGCUAAGCCUUUAAUUUUAAUUAAACUUGUAUACACUUCAAUGAAUGAUGGCUUAUCACUCGUUUGUUAAUUUACUUUCAACUAAAUUAAUUAUAAACGAAUUGGCUUGACAUUUUGGUCUUGUAUCAUAUCUUACUUAUGAUACUACUUGUAUCGUUUCAUGCUUUUAAUUUCUGAUGUUUGUUUUGGAUGUAUUAGAAAAGUAUACUUCAUUGAAAAUCUUAAUGAAGUGUCUUUUCUCUUUUCUCUUUUCUCUUUUCAUUGAUAAUCUUAAUGAAGUGUCU